AUUUCAAGAACUACAAAAUGGAUAGGAGUUGGAUGAAUUUGUCAAGGGUAAGCAAUCCCUAUCGAAAUGGAGUACAAACUUUUCUAAAUUUUGCAUUUCAAAAUGCAAGCCAAGAGAAUAUGAUUCUUUGCCCAUGUAAGAAGUGUGGCAACAUCAUUGGCAUUUUCGUGAAGUUGUCUAAGAACAUCUAAUUGCUGAUGGCUUUAUUCGGGGGUAUAAAAAAUGGAUUUUUCAUGGUGAGUGUACAUCUAGUGGAACUUCUUCAACGAUUAAUCUGACUUAUUCUGAUACUGCUUUCCACCAGUAUGUUAGACAAGAUGACAUGAAAGGUAUGUUGCGGGAUGCAUUUAAUAUGCACAGUCAUGGUGAGCAAUCGUUUCCACCUGACUUUAUUGCAUCCGAUGAUUGUAAUAUUGGUGGAAAUAUUUUUUGCGAAACGGGAACAAGUGCAUCUGAUGAGGAGCCAAAUGAAGAAGCGGUGAAGUUCUAUAAUUUACUUAAUGAAAUGAACGAAGAACUUUACGAGGGAUCAAAAUAUUAGAAAUUGUUUUUCUGUAUUCGUCUAUUUCACUUAAAAUGUUUGGGAGAGUGGACCGGAAACUCUUUUACAAUGCUGCUAGAGUUUCUGAGAGAGAUGUUUCCGUUUGCAAAAAUACCCCAAUCUUAUCAAGAUAUGAUGAGACUCAUAAAAGAUUUGGGCCUUGGGUAUGAUAAAAUUCAUAGUUGCCCACAUGAUUGCAUGUUGUACUGGGGUGAUAAAAAAAACCAACAAUCUUGUCAUGUUUGUGGUAAGUCUCGUUGGAUGGAUAGGAAUGUAGAAUAUGUGAAUGCGGAUGAAGGUGGGGCACAGUUAAGAAAGAAGCUAGUCAAGGUUUUGCGAUAUUUUCCCCUAAUACCAAGACUUCAAAAGCUUUUCAUGUCGUCAAAGACGGCCGAAUCUAUGAGGUGGCAUAAUGAUCAACGGACUGAUGAUGGAUUAUUAAGACAUCCUGCGGAUUCUUUAGCUUGGAAAUCAUUUGACAGUAAAUUUUCAAGCUUUGCAAGUGAUCCUCGAAAUGUGAGGCUUGGGCUAGCAGCUGACGACUUUAAUCCAUUUAAAAUCAUGAGUACUUCGUACAGUACUUGGCGUGUAGUGCUUUUUCCUUACAAUUUGUCUCCAUGGAUUUGCAUGAAGCAAUCUUCAUUUAUUUUAUCAAUGAUUAUUCCUAGAGGGAAAGGUCCCAGAAAUGAUAUUGACAUCUAUUUGCAGCCACUUAUUGAAGAGUUAAAACAAUUAUGGUCGAGUGUUGAGACAUAUGAUGUACUGAGAAAGGAGAACUUUAAUUUACGUGCAGCUUUGUUGUGGACAAUUAAUGAUUUCCCGGCUUAUGCUAAUUUAUCGGGUUAGAGUACUAAAGGACGUUAUGCUUGUCCUUGUUGUGCUACGCAAACUUGUUCGAAGUGGUUGUACAAUGGGAAGAAGUUCUCUUACAUGGGCCAUCAUCGAUGGUUAGAUGAAAAUCAUAAAUUUAGAUUUUAGAGGACUCUAUUUGACGGAACUAAAGAGUACAGAGGAGCUCUUGAGCAGACCGUUGGAUUUGAAAUCUUGUUUAUGUUAAAAGAUAUCAACUUUAGUUAUAGGAAGAUGAAUCAACCACCUAACACACAAACAAAGAGAAGAUCGAGGUAUGAAUCUGAUGAUGAAUCUGACGAAUAGGAUGAUCCUAAUGAGGCGAACUUGUGGAAAAAAAAGAGUAUUUUUUUUAGUUGCCUUAUUGGGAGCACAAUAUUUUACGCCACAAUCUUGAAUGUCAUGCAUAUUGAGAAGAAUGUCUGCGAGAACAUAAUUGGGACAAUUUUGAAUGUCGAUGGAAAAUCAAAGACAAUCUUCAGAGUCGACUUGAUUUAGUUGACAUAAGAAUUCGGCCUGAUCUUCAUCCUCAAUACUUCCGAAUGGGAAAUAUCGGUUGCCGCCUUCUAUUUUUUCAAUGUCAAAGGAAGAGAAAGAAGUGUUCUGCAUGGUGUUGAAGGAUAUAAAGGUCCCAGAUGCGUAUGCGCCAAAUAUAUCUCGAUGUGUGAGUCUUAAAGAUAGAAGAUUAUAUUCAUUAAAAUCACAUGAUUAUCACAUCUUGAUGUAAGAUUUACUCCCAGUUGAUUUACGUUGUUGUAUGUCAAAAAACGUAACGUCCUGUAUAAUUGAACUAUCCAAUUUAAUGAAAGCUAUUUGUGGCAAAGUUUUGGAUGUUGAAGAACUUGAAAAAGUACAGGAUCGAGCGGCAUUGACUUUAUGCAAUUUGGAGAAGAUCUUUUCACCUUUCUUCUUCACUAUUAUGGUGCACUUAGUAAUCCAUCUCCCUCACGAAGUAAUACUUGGUGGACCGGUUUUUUAUCGAUGGAUGUAUCCUAUAGAAAGGUUCCUAAGCAAAUUGAAGUCGUAUUGUCGCAAUAAGCGUUAUCCAGAAAGAUCAAUUGCUGAAGGCUACUUGGCAGAGGAGUGCAUGACCUUCUGUUCUAGAUAUUUAGAAGAUGUUGAAACACGAUUGAAUAGACCAAGUAGAAAUGCUGGGCUCAAUGAUCAUAACUUGGUCGAAACUUAUUUAUUCCAAAGUUAUGGAGAACCAAUCGGUAAAGUUGAAAUUGCAGAAUUAGAUGAUAUAUCGUGGAUACAAGCACAUCGAUAUGUACUUUUCCACCAUGAUUCAAUUGAACCAUUACGCAAUGAGUACAAACAAAUUUUGAGAUCUCGUGCACGAUCUCGAAGAUUACAACAUUGAGAGAUUAAUAAGUUAUUCACAGAAUCUUUUCAUGAAUGGUUAAGUCAAACGGUAUGUAAUUGAAGUUAAUAAGUUACAUAUAAUCGCGACAUUUAGUUAAUUAAAUAAGAAUGUUUUUACAUAAUACAUUUAUAAUUACUUAAUUUACUUUCGAUUCAAUAGGUUUGGAGUGGGAAGGACGUAAUGACGAAGUUAAAUGGUUUUCCCAAGGUCCGAACAGAGUAAUAAAAAGAUAUAGUACGUUCCUCAUCAAUGGAUACAGAUUUCAUACAAAAUAUCGUGAGAGAAUGAGGAAAACUCAAAAUUGUGGAAUUGUUGUUAAUUCUUCAAUUACAAGUUAUGCUAGUGCUAGGGACAGUAAUCCGGUUGAGGGUAAUGUGGAGUAUUACGGACUUCUUACCGACAUUAUUGAGUUGGAUUACUAUGGCAGAUGGAAAGUUGUCUUAUUUCGGUGUGAUUGGGCUGAUGUUAAUACUGCUCGUUGAAUUAAAAAAGAUCAAUUUGGUUUUAUAAUGGUUAAUUUCUCUCGCUUUAUUCACACUGGACAACAAUUGAUGGACGAGUCAUUUGUAUUUUCCUCUCAAGUGAAACAAGUUUUUUAUUCAAAAGAUCCAACUAAUGAGGGUUGGUAUGUUAUACUCCGGAACACU